GGCGGUGCGGGGCGAGCGGCCAUGGCGGGGCAGCGGCCGCAGCGCUGCCCGCUCCUGGUGCGCGGCCCCUGGGGCGCCGCCGGGCCGCCGCCUGCCCUCGGCAAGAAGCUGCUCUGCUACUUCCAGAGCCAGAAGCGAUCGGGCGGCGGCGAGUGCGAGCUGCAGCCCGGCAGCGGGGACGGGCAGGUCCUCGUCUGCUUCGCGCAGCCCGAGGUGCGGCAGCGGGUGCUCGACCGGCGGAACCAUGAGCUCGACUGCGGGCCCCGAGGGCGGCUGUCGCUGCUGGUCACCGAGCUGCCCGCGGACGCCCACCCCGCGCAGGAGGUGGGACGGGCCGGCGCGGCCGAGGCGCAAGUUAAUGAACCCCAGGUGUCCCUUCUCACCUGCCAGGAUAAGGAGGACUCUGUGCACACUCAGCAGAAGACAGAAUAUUGUGAGAAAUUUGAAGCAGAAGAAACAGCCUCUAUGAAAUCUAUCAUAGUAACUACUGCUUCUGGGGAGGAAAUAGAAGAUGAGAUUGUGGAAAUGUACUUUGAAAAUAAAGAUAAGUCUGGUGGGGGGUUAAUCAAGACCUACGUCAAGAAGGAUCAGCAAAUGAUCAUCACCUUUAAGGAUGAGAAAGAUGCCCAAGAAGUUCUGCAAAGGAAGCAUCACUCAGUGACGAAAAUUGAUCUGGUUGUGAAGCCAUGGCAAGUGGAAACUCUCCAAGACCUGUGCCAAGUGGAGGACCCUCAAGAAUCCCUGCUCUCCACCACAGUUGUGCUUGAAAAUAUACAGGAGACAGUAAAAGCUUACAUGUUAACUAUGCUGGUGGAGAACAUCAGUGGCUUGUCAGGGGAAGAUGAUGACUUCAGUGUGGAAAUGAUACCUGAAAUGCGUGCUGCUGCAGUUACUUUUACUGGCAAUAUUGAUGUACGGGAAUUUGCUGAAAAGCUUAAUAAAGACAAGAGAGCAAAGCAGCAAAAUAUUACUGCACGGUGCCUUGAGCUAACAAAAAGCAUUAGGGCUGAAAAUAUACCCCCUCACACACCCAGUGACUAUAUAACCAUCUACUUUGAGAACAAGAAGAACGGAGGUGCGCAAGUGGUGAAUGUUCAGCAGCUGCCAGAUGAAGAUGCAGCUAUCGUUACAUUCAGUGACCACAAAGAUGUAACCAAUAUCUUGGCAAAGCAGCAUUCACUCAACAAAACACCAAUCUCUGUCUAUCCUUAUUACCUCUCAUUGGGAACAGCUCUGUAUGGAAAGGAAGGGCCACAAAUUAAGAAGCCAGAUCCGAUUACAAAGCCUCUGGACCCGUAUAUUUGGCAUUACUUGCAGAGAAACAACAGGCUAGUUGAGGCAAUAAGUUGUGAAAUGGCAAAGUGUAAUUGUGAGCUGAUGUGGCCUGAACCAAACUGUGCAGAUCCAAAAGUUAUUUUGCAUCCUUCAGCUGCUCUGUUUGAGCAGAAGAGAUUAGCAUAUCGAUUGAUCAAGACAUGGAAUGAAGAUGUUUCCACAGCGUUUUCCCAUAACAUAUCCAAGUACAAAGCAAUUAAAUGUCAAGUAAGUGCAGAGGUGUGGGAAGCCAUUAGAAACAGCUUCACACAUGAUGAAGUUCUGAUAAUCCCAUGUAUCUCCAAGGAUUUACUUGUUCUAGUAGGUGAAAAAGAAGUUGUGAAGAAUGUUGGACAAAACCUGGCAUGUCUGAUAGAAAAGACCACCAGAGAAAUUGAAAGAGAAAAGCUAAGAACUGAAGGAAUGGUACUACUGGGUACAGGAGAAUAUGCAAUUUUGCAGAGUACUGGUCUUGAAGAAAAAGUUCGUACAGAGUUCCCAGCCCUGCAGUUAACUUAUGAUCAUUUUCAGAAGGUAAUUAACCUGUGUGGGGUCCCUGAGGAAGUUUAUAAAGUAAAAGGAGAAAUAUUAGAUAGUUUACGCAAAAUGGUAAAGAAAACACUUAAUAUCCCCCCUUACAUUUUCCAGUUUUUAAAGCAUAUUGAUAAUGAAACCCUGUCACAGAGCCUGUUUAUAUCAAAACAAAUUAAUGCCUUUUUUGAGCUUGGCACAGAGGCUAUAAUCUUGAAAGGGAAUUCUUCUGAAGAUCUCCUAAAGGCAGAAGAAGAAAUAAAGAACGGGCUGGACCACAAAAGCAUUAUAUUGGAGGACGAGUCAGUCCUCCAGAAGGAGGAAUGGAGGAUGCUUACCCAGGAGCACUGGUCUAAUGAAGCUGUAACAGUCACUCAGGCAGAGAGUCAGGUCAUCAUUGCUGGUUGUUCUCAAGCAGUAGCGAGAGCAUUUGAGGAACUUGGUAACUUUAUAGAUGAAAACACGCAAGUACAAAAGGUUAUUGGAGGAAAGCCUGUGGCAGUCAUAAUGUUUUUUGAGAAAGAGAAGACAGGUGUUUGGGCUGAUUUACAGAGUAGAGGUGUGAAAGUUGACUUUAACGCACAGAAUAAAUGUAGAGUUAUAUCCUUGAGUGGGCCAAGAAGAGAAGUGCUGAAGGGAGUCACCUUAGUUGGGCAAAUCCUGUCUGGCCUGCAUUUCAAGCGUGUGAUAAUUACAGAGCCAGGAGCUAGGUCAUAUUUCAAAGAGCAAGAACACUUUUUUGUCACCAGAGCAAAACAAGACUUUAAGUGUUUAGUCAGGUUGGAAGAGUCAGAUGAACAGAUGGAAGAACAUCAAGAAUAUAGUGUUACAGGCAAGCCCUGUGGGCAGGUGACCGUAGGUAGGACUAUAAUAGCAGUGUAUAAUGGUAACUUGUGUAAUUACCCAGUUGAUGUUGUGGUCAAUGCAUCUAAUGAAGACUUGCAACACAUUGGUGGCCUUGCUGAGGCACUGUUGAAAGCAGCUGGCCCAGAGCUGCAAGAGGAGUGCAACGAGCUGGUGAGGAAGAAAGGGCGUUUCCAGCCGGGGUGUGCGGUCAUCACGGGCGCUGGGAAGCUGCCCUGCAAGAGUGUCAUUCAUGCUGUUGGGCCCAGGUGGGUGAAGCAUGAAGCAGACAAGUGCUUGUACUUGUUAAAAAAGGCAGUGAAGAAAAGUCUACAGCUGGCUGAAGCAUACAAUUACUGCUCCAUUGCUCUGCCCGCUAUAAGCGGAGGGAUUUUUGGCUUCCCGCUGCAGAUCUGUACACGUUCAAUUGUAUCCUCCGUCAAGGAGACCUUGGAAGAAUCUAUGGGAGACAGCAGCUUGAAGGAGGUUCAUCUCGUGGAUAUUGCACAGGAUAACAUUGAGGCUUUCAACAAGGCACUGAGAGAAGUGUUUUCACCUUUCCCCAUGUCACUGCGUCAGGUCACUUUAGUUCGUCAGCCAAAGAAAAGCAGGACUUCUCAAAGCACCAACAACUUCCCAGUUUUGACAACUGAGGAGGGCCUUGACAUCGUGCUGAAAAGAGGAAGCAUUGAAGAUGCCACAACUGACAUUGUUGUUGUCAGUGUUGGCAAAGAUCUCCGGCUUGAUGCAGGACCACUCUGUAAAGCUUUGCUAAGCAAGGCAGGGUCAAAGCUUCAGAUGAGCUUAGAAGAAGAAGGCCGAGGAAAAGCAAUUGAGGAAGGAUGUGUUUUGAAAACAAAAGGUUACAAUCUAGACUGCAGUGUUGUGCUUCAUGCUGUGGUACCAUCGUUCCAGAGAAGCUCAUCUCGAAAGAUCUUGUGCAGCAUCAUCACAAGAUGCCUGCAGAUUGCUGAGGAGCUGUCUUUGAAGUCAAUUACUUUCCCAGCGAUUGGGACAGGGCGUUUAGGAUUCCCAAAGUUUGCUGUUGCUAAGUUGCUGUUUGACAAAGUGUUUGAAUUCAGUAGUAAAAUGAGAGUCAGUUCUCUUGAGGAAGUUCACUUUCUGUUGUAUCCAAAAGACACAGAUUGUAUCCAGGAGUUUUCAAAUGAACUUGAAAGCAGACUUGGAAAUACUGUAAAUACUAAGGUGAAGAAGACUUCUCCAGACAAGGCUAGCCAAGGCACAGCUUCCUCGGGUACCUCUUCAACGGCAGCACAGGGUGUACACGAAGUGACGAUUGGCUCCGUCGUGUUCCAGGUGGCAGAGGGUGAUAUUACCAAGGAAGAGACAGAUGUCAUUGUAAACGUAACAAACCAAACCUUCAACCUCAAAACAGGUGUCUCUAAAGCAAUUCUGAGUGGUGCUGGAAAAGAAGUUGAAAUGGAAUGUGCUCAACUAGGUGCACAACCUAACAUGACCUAUAUCACCACCCAAGCAGGAAACCUGCCAUGCAAAAAAAUAAUUCAUUUUGUUGCCCAAAAUGAUAUCAAGGUGCUAGUCUCCACAGUGCUUCAGGAGUGUGAAUCACAGCAGUACACCUCUGUCACCUUCCCAGCAAUUGGAACAGGUGAGGCAGGCCGUGAUCCUGCUGCAGUGGCUGAUGACAUGAUAGAUGCAGUAACUGAUUUUGCAAAAAAUAACUCUGCUCCCUCUGUGAAAACUGUCAAGAUUGUCAUCUUUCAGCCACAUCUUCUGAGCGUGUUCCACAAAAGCAUGCAGAAAAAAGAAAGUUAUGCUAAAACAGUAGCCAGAUCAAUCCUUUCCAAGAUAACAUCAUUUUUGAGCCCGGAGAAACCUUCUCCAAAGGAAAAACCCAAAGCAAUCUUGGAAAAGAAAAUCGACGUGGCUGUCGUGCAGAUUUGUGGUGAAAACAAACAGAAAGUGGAAGAAGCUGAAAGCUGGUUGAAAAGUGCAAUUUUAGAUCAACAGUUUGAAAAAAACAUCACAGAUGAGGCUAUCUUUCAUUUUGGUGAAGCAGAGAGUGAAGAACUGUGUGACCUACAAAAGAAACUGAAGAUUGCUCUUUGUUUGGAUGGUGCUUCUAUUCAAAUUUCAGGUUUUAUAAAAGAUGUCUUGACUGCUUAUUCAGCUGUUCUAGACAUGAUCCACCGGGUAAAAGCAGCUAAACAGGAAGAGAUCAGUGCAGGACUUUUGCAAAACUUAAUUGAGUGGAAAUAUUUUAAAAACGAUUCCUACGUGCCCUUCGACAGUCGCACAAACAUGCGCUUGGAAGAUGCUUUUGUGAGGAAGCAGGAUGAUGUUUCAGUCUUAAUUGGUGGGAAAAAAUACACAGUGAAUAUAGAAGCUAAGCAGGCUGUGAAUGACAAAGGAAAAUGUAUCUCCAUCAUACGUGUGGAUAAAGCUGAAGAUCAAGAGUCAACAAUGCUCCCUGCAACGUGGGAUGAUAUGCAAAACCAGCAACUCAAACUAGUGGAACUAAGACCAGAAAUGAGCGAAUAUAAAGAUGUGCAGGAAAGGUUUCUGAAGACAUGUCAGUCAUUUAAAAUUGAAAAGAUUGAAAGGGUACAGAACCCAUAUUUUUGGAAGGCCUACCAAAUAAAAAAGCGUGAAAUGGAUAGCAAAAACGGUAACAGGAAUAACGAGAAAUUUCUGUUUCAUGGGACAAGUAAGGAGUCAUUAACCUUAAUUAACAACCGUGGAUUUAACCGGAGCUACGCUGGGAUGCACGCUGCCAACUAUGGAAAUGGAACGUACUUUGCUGUCGACGCUGCCUAUUCUGCCCAUGAUGUCUACUCCAAACCUGAUGCCAAUGGGAAGAAGUACAUGUACAUGGCUCGAGUCCUUGUUGGGGAAUAUUCUCAGGGGACAAAAGGAUCAAUUACUCCAGCAGCAAAAAAUCCUAGUAACUCCAUAGAUCUGUUUGAUAGUUCAACCGAUAAUGUAAACCAGCCAACCAUGUUUAUCAUAUUUAAUGACAUCCAAGCGUACCCAGAAUACCUUAUCACUUUCACUAAAUAAGCAUUUUGAUUGUAGCCAGGAUGGCAUGUCUUUCAGUCUUUGUGUAGGACAGAAGCACUUGUAACAAAAUACGCAAUGAAAACAAAAGGUUUAAUCACAUUAAUUUCUUAAAGCCUGGUUACAUUGAAGCAACCUCUGGCAAUUUUUGAUAGCACUAAAAUAGAUUGCUUGUUUGCACUCAGAGUAGCUGAGUGUAUUUAACACUUGAAUUUGAUAUUCUAGUGAAAACUGCUGUUAGAUUAUGUAUCAAGCCUUAAUAUUUUAUUAGCCUUUCCAUGCAGCCUUAUGGCCAUCCUAGUUGCAAUAGAAGGUGGGAAGUGCUGGCAGACAAUUGGAAGGGAUCUUCUUUCAGCUGCUGACCACUUGAUGUUGCAUUUCUGAUGGCUUUUUACUCUCUGUAAAUGACAGUUUACAUUGUGAAUUAUGAUAUAGUCAUUUUCAAUAAACUAAUUGUAGUUAA